GCCGCAGCACUUCCAGUUUCUCUUCGCGCUUCAUUCAGUGAACUUGGUUUCAAUACAGUUAAAUCGUGAUAAGAAAAUUCGCCGGCUUAUCAAGUUAAAGUUUUGUGUCAAAAAGCCAAGAUCAACUAGAAGGAUUUUGUUUUAAUAGACAUCAUUGGACGGAAAAUAAAAAUGGCUGAGAGUAAAGGCGCGUUGAUCGCGAAGACAAUGCAAAAACAUGCAGGUAGAGCGAAAGAGAAGUUUUUACAAAAUUUGGGAAAAGUCGAUAGAACUGCUGAUGAUAUAUUCGAUGAACAUCUUCUCAAUUUCACGAGGCAACAAUAUGCUGCAACUAGACUUCAAAAGGAAUUCAAUAAUUACAUCAGAUGUGUGCGAGCGGUGCAGGCAGCAUCCAAGACGCUUAUGGACUCCUUGAAUGAAAUUUACGAAAGUCAAUGGACUGGGCACGAUCUUCUUUACGUACAAGCACAGAAUCUCGAUAUGUUGUGGCAAGACUUUACUCACAAACUCGCCGAUCAAGUGCUCUUACCUCUAAAUACGUAUCAAAGUCAGUUUCCAGAAAUGCGGAAAAAGGUUGACAAACGAGGCCGAAAGUUGGUGGAUUACGAUAGUCAAAGGCAUGCCUUCCAGUCAUUGCAAAGUAAUCCAAAGAAAAGGGACGAGCUAAAAGUCACUAGGGGCAAAGAGCUCUUGGAUGAAGCUAAAAGAACCUAUGAACAAUUAAAUUCCGAAUUGCACGACGAAUUGCCAGCCUUGUACGAUUCACGUGUACUUUUCCUCGUCACUAAUCUUCAAACUCUUUUUGCAGCGGAACAAGUUUUUCAUGCCGAAAGUGCUAAGGUUUUCUCGGAGCUCGAGGCGAUAGUUGAUAAAUUGGCAAACGACAGUCAAAGAGGUUCAUACAGCUUGAAAAAUAAUUCCGAUUCCCAAUCACCUAAAUCACCGAAUGCUAAUUCUGCAUUGAUAAUAAAUACACAACCGGCUCACAACAAUAUUUCACCAGCUUUGGAUGAUUCCACAGCGGCAGCAACUGGAGAUUCGUCGCCAACAACUCAAUUAAAUGGCAACGCUAAUAGCAAUGCUAACAGCAAUGCCAAUAGCAAUGCUAAUAGCAAUGUUAACAGCAAUGCUAACAGCAAUGAUAAUUCCCUCAAUAAUCAAGAUGAGUCCACGAAAAAUGCAAUUUUACCUGCCAAAAGAGUAGAAGAAUUGUACGAUAUACCUGUUGAGGUGGAAUAUGAAAAUGGUACCCAUUUAUCUACAGGGGCGACAACCGACAACUUGCCAGCAGGAGUUCUUUACAGGGUGAAGGCAACGUACAAAUAUAAUCGUGAAGACGUUGACGAGCUUUCCUUUGAAGUUGGUGAAAUAAUUCGUGUUAUUGAAUAUGACGAUCCAGAAGAACAGGAGGAAGGAUGGCUAAUGGGAAUAAAAGAAGGCGCCAAUGAGAAGGGAAUGUUUCCGGCAAAUUUUACAAAGCCUCUGUGAAUGGUUUGCUCAAUGUGCAACGUACACUCCAAUGCUCACAGAAACAGCGUAUUUUUUUAAGGUAGUCGAAACGAUGUUAUUACCGAAAGUGAGAAACUUGCAGUCAGUCAAGGUAUUUAUAAGGAGAUUAAUAUAGAAAGAUUCAAAAAAGAAAAAGAAAAAAAAAAAAAGAGGAACAAAAAAAAAUGCAAAUUUCGAGACUGUAAAAUAUAACGUCGUAACAAUAUUGAGAUAGUAUUUGCUGGAGGGUACUGCCGAGUAUUUCAAGCCCAGAGUGCCUUAACCAGCCACUGUCUGUGCCAACUGACAUUCACUGCUUUUUUUUCUUUUUUUUUUUUUAAAUUAGAGUAUGGAAUUGUCCUCUCAUAAUCACUAAUCAAAUGAGAUAUUUAAUUGAUUUAAUAUAAUACAUCUUAUCUACAUAAACGCAAUUAUAUACUAUAUAUAUAUAAAAAAAAAUCUAUAUAAUUAUUAAAUUAAUAUACUAUUUUAUGAAAGAGAUAAAAAAAACAGAAAAAAAAUUGUACAUAGAUAUGAAUAAUUUUUAAGACUAUUUUAUGAAAUAACUUUGCGGCCACCGAAUUCGUCGUUUAAGAAAUAAUUAUUAAUCUUAGGCUAUAUAUAUAUACAUAAUUAUUAUAUUUGAGGGAAAAAAAAGAACACCUCUCAUUCGGAGAUGAUGCCAAAUUAAUCGUGGUCCAAUUUAUCUAUUCGCAAGUGUCAAAUAGUGAUUCGUUGCGAUACGAAAACACCAAUGUGAACGAAAAAAAAAAUAAUAAUAGUUCCCAUUAGAUGACUUUCUUUAAAAAUUCCAAUUAACGUACCUUCUUAGAUUUGUUUUUUUUUUUUUUUUUUUGAAUCGAAACGGAUUGCAUUAUAUAUUGCAUUAUCAUACAUUAGACUUGUAUGAUGAAAACGCAUUUUAUUAUUCUACUAAUGGGAUCUAUUUAAUGACUGCAUAUCUACAUUUUAUUUACAAUUUUCAUAUGACACAUUGUUAUCUACGUAAAACUCUUAUUCUUUGUAUAUCAAUUUUUAAAAAAUUGCAGCUGUCAUUUAUUUUUUAUUUUUUUUUUUUGCUGCUGAAAAUAGUACAUACCUCCAAUAAUGGUUCAGGUUUUCCAACUAUUAUCAGUUGUAAGGAAUCUAGAGCUACUUGCACUAUAUAGUGUAAGAAAGGAAAAAUUUGACCUGAGACCUUCGUUUAUGGAUUGUUCUUUUUGUUAAAUUUAUAUAUUUUUGCGUUGAAGGUUCAAUCCAUUUUUUUGUUACAUUCAUCGGAAAAAAUGUAACUUGAUUUAUUUAUUCAAAAUGAUUACGUUUACAGUGUAUUCUUGAAAUUUGUUCAUUUACAAAAAUUGUUUUUUUCAUAUUGUAGUUACAAUGAAAAUUAUGCUAAAAAUUAUAAUUUUCUUUUUAUAAUUUUUUAAACGGAAAAAAUUAAUCUCAAAAUUUAAUUAAAUUUGAAUUAAUUAUAUUUGAUUUUAAUUUUAAAUCUCGAAAUUUAGAAAUAAAUUUAAUAUUUUUUUUUUUUAAAGUUCUUUUUUUCGAGACUUAGAACAUUCCGAUUAAAUUUUCCAAGGAUUGAAUUUAUUUAAGAUUAUCCUGUGAAUGUAGUCAUUUUUAUUUUAUAAAAUAUUGUUUCUUUCAAUGCGAAAAUAUUGUGAAAUAUUUUUUUUAGUUUAAGUUGCGCUUAAUUAAAUUAUUAUCAAAGUAACUAGAAUGCGCACAGUUUGAUUUUACAUUGCGACUUUUGAAUUGUAAUCUAUUGUGAAUAAUUUAAUUUUAUAUAAUAUUAAUUACAAAUCGAUUCAUAAUUAUAUUUUAAUAAUAAUUUAAUGUUACAUUAAUCCGUAUUAUUAAUUAAAUAUCGAUUAAUAUUUUAUUAAUAAUAAUUUAUCGGAAAAUAAUCUACUAUUGAAAUUAUUAAUCGAUUUGUAAUUACGAUUUUUUUUAUAAAAAAUGAAAUUUUCCGACUUAUUCGAAAAUUUGAAUUUGAAAUUCGCGCACUAAUGAUCGAUUAUUAUUUCGAGAUAUGAAUCGAAUAUUGAAUCAAAUUUUCGAUAUUUAUUUGUUUACUAACCUAAAAAUUAGUGCAAAAAAAUACUGAUCAGUAUAAUUGAUAUUAGAUUUUUAAAGUAAUUAGAAAAUUUAAAAUUUUUGAAUAUAUUUUUUUCUUGUAUCUAAUUAUGAAAGUUUGAUUGAAAUAUUCUAUUUUCGAUUAUCGAUAGUGGCGCAAACGCAAACUGUGCGAUUUAAAGAACAAAGAUACAGAAAUUUGAAAAGGUAUAUAGAAAGUUUUUUCUUUUUUUUUUUUUGUUAAUUAUGCACAUUUUAAAAUGAAAUAUCAAUUGAUUCUAAUCUGUUAAAAUAAUUUCUAUAUAAAAAUGAUAAUAAGGUGAUUAAUGCAUCAGUGUAUUAGCUAUCCAUUGUUAUUUCAUUUGUCACUUUUACGUCAUGUUGUUUAAUUCUACUGGAAAAACCAUAACCUUAGCAUAAAUUAUAUUGAUAGUAACGAAUACAAUGCUUAUAUAAUUGUAAUUACUGCCUGUAUCGAUUAGGUAUCGAUAAUAAUAAAUAGUUAGUGGUUUGUAAUGAA